AUGUUUCGGUCACAGCAGAGUCACUCUGUACCGUCAGACCUGAAAAAACCCUAGUCUCGUGUUCAAUGUCUUCUUCUCCCACCAAUCACCACCAGGCAGCCACCCCCACCCAUUUUGCUUCUCCACGAGGGAUUUGAUUUCACUAACCUCCAUUCUCAUCUUGAUAAAUUAAUUGCAAGAGGAAGAAGAAGUUUUUGGUGCGAGAUCUACAUCCUCAAGUGGGAUGAGUAUGGCUUCUACAUUGAAGAGAGCUUCUUCGACGACGAGUGAAGGGGAUGAGCUUAUUAUUACACCUCUUGGGGCGGGAAAUGAAGUCGGCCGCUCUUGCGUUCACAUGUCUUACAAGGGCAAAACUGUUUUGUUUGACUGCGGCAUUCAUCCAGCUUUCUCGGGCAUGGCUGCGCUGCCUUACUUUGAUGAAAUUGAUCCUUCAACAAUCGAUGUUCUUCUCGUUACUCACUUUCACUUGGACCAUGCUGCGUCGCUUCCUUAUUUUCUGGAGAAGACUACAUUCAGGGGAAAGGUUUAUAUGACUCAUGCUACUAAAGCCAUUUAUAAGUUGCUUCUCUCUGAUUAUGUUAAAGUUAGCAAGGUCUCAGUUGACGAUAUGCUAUAUGAUGAACAAGACAUACUUCGCUCCAUGGACAAAAUUGAGGUUAUUGAUUUCCAUCAAACUCUGGAGGUCAAUGGUGUCCGGUUCUGGUGUUAUACUGCUGGGCAUGUGCUUGGUGCUGCUAUGUUUAUGGUUGACAUAGCCGGUGUCCGGGUCCUCUAUACCGGAGAUUAUUCACGCGAAGAGGACCGACAUCUUCGUGCUGCUGAGCUCCCCCAAUUCUCCCCUGAUAUUUGCAUUAUCGAAUCAACCUAUGGUGUUCAAAUCCAUCAACCACGUCACAUAAGAGAGAAGCUAUUUACGGAUGUUAUCCACUCUACUGUUGCCCAAGGCGGUCGUGUUCUGAUUCCUGCUUUUGCCCUUGGUCGAGCACAGGAAUUACUCUUGAUAUUGGAUGAGUUCUGGUCAAGCCAUCCUGAUCUCCACAACGUGCCAAUUUAUUACGCCUCCCCCCUCGCGAAAAGGUGCAUGGCAGUUUACCAAACUUAUAUUAACUCCAUGAACGAGAGAAUCCGGAAUCAGUUCGCCAAUUCAAAUCCUUUUGAUUUCAAGCACAUCUCCCCUCUGAAGAGUCUUGAUGAUUUCCGCGAUGUCGGCCCGGCAGUUGUAAUGGCAAGCCCUGGCGGGCUUCAAAGUGGAUUGUCAAGACAGCUGUUUGACAAGUGGUGCUCGGACAAGAAAAAUGCUUGCGUUAUUCCCGGUUAUGUAGUGGAAGGGACGUUGGCCAAGACGAUUAUUAAUGAACCCAAAGAAGUCACUCUAGCAAGUGGUUUGGCGGCUCCUCUCAACAUGCGGGUACACUAUAUUUCCUUCUCUGCUCACGCCGAUUAUAGCCAGACGAGCACUUUCCUGAAAGAGCUUAUGCCUCCUAAUAUCAUAUUGGUUCAUGGUGAAGCGAAUGAGAUGGGAAGGCUCAAGCAGAAGCUUCUUUCCGUCUUUGCCGAUGGAAACACAAAGAUUAUAACCCCGAAGAAUUGCCAGUCUGUUGAAAUGCACUUCAACUCUCAAAAAAUGGCGAAAGCGAUCGGAAAAUUGGCAGAAAAGACGCCUGCUGUUGGCGAAACCGUCAGCGGUUUGCUUGUCAAGAAAGGCUUCACCUAUCAGAUAAUGGCUCCCGAGGAUCUUCACAUCUUCUCCCAACUCUCCACCGGAAAUAUCAUCCAGAGAAUCACGAUCCAAUACUCAGGUGCCUUUGCGGUUAUCAAACACAGGCUAAAGCAGAUAUACGAAAGCGUGGAAUCCUCAACAGACGACGAAUCUGGAGUACCAACACUGAAAGUUCAUGACCGGGUGACAGUGAAGCAGGAUUCGGAUAAUCACGUGUCCCUACACUGGUCAGCUGAUCCUAUCAGCGACAUGGUCUCCGACUCAGUCGUGGCGCUAAUUCUAAAUGCCAGUAGAGAUUUGCCAAAAGUUGUUGUCGAAUCCGAACACGAAAACACUGACGAAGAAGAAUCCAAAAAGGCUGACAAGAUCAUACACGCACUUCUCGUGUCUCUGUUUGGAGAAGUGAAAUAUGACGAGGAGGGUAAGCUGCUGAUCAACGUCGACGGUAGCUUGGCGCAUCUAAAUAAGCAAACGGGCGAGGUUGAAAGCGAGAAUGAAGGUCUAAAAGAACGAGUGAGGACAGCUUUUCAAAGAAUCAAAAGCGUCGUGAAGCCAAUACCGCUGCAGGGAUCUUAAGAGUACGUUUCCUCCCCUCAAAAUUCUUCGAAUAUAAAUACAUAGUCGUAACUAACCUUUGUGUGCAACAUGCUCUGCUCGCACGUACUGUUAAAAUGCUACCGACUAAAAUGCAGCUUGUUACUAAUUCAAUAGUUUUAAACUGAAUUGCGUUCUUCCA